AUGAGGUUCCUUCUGUACUACGUUGGAAACACGAACGUGUGGCAGGACAUGGAGCCUGCUGGGGACGUGUCUGAGUUUCCCAUCUGCAACGUGAGCUGGAGAGACGCAGGAAGUUACCACUGCCGAUAUAGCACCAAAUCAGACCCGCCCAUGUGGUCAGAGCCCAGCGACCCCAUGGAACCGCCCAGCUACCCCAAACCCAACAUCUCCCUGCGCCCCAGUGCGCGGGUCGCCCCGGGAGGAGAUGUGACCAUUCGACCCUCCAUCUCCGUCAGCCCCAGCGGGGUGAUCGCCCCGGGGCGAGCUGUCACCAUCCGCUGUCAGUGUCGGUGCGAGGCCAGGAGGUUAUUUCUGUAUAAAGAUGGAAUCAAAAUCCGGGAGCUGAAUGCUGCUGGGGACGGGGGUGAAUUCACCAUCCUCAGCGCCAGAUGGGAAGACUCAGGGAGCUUCAGCUGUCGAUCUCGCUCCAGAUUAGAGCCGCCCAACUGGUCGGAUCUCAGUGAUUACGUGCGGAUUGUUGUAGCAGAGACCUACUACCCAAAACCCUCCAUCUCCCUGCGCCCCAGCAGGGGGCUUGGGCUGAGGGGAGCCGUGACCGUCCGGUGUCGGGGUUGGCACCAGAACGUGAGGUUCCUUCUGUACAAAGAUGGAAACCAGAACGCGCUGCAGGACGUGGAACCAGAUGGGGAUGUUGCUGAGUUUCCCAUUCGCAACAUGAGCUGGAGAAUCGCAGGGAACUACAGCUGCCGAUAUAGCACCAAAUCUGACCGACCCAUCUGCUCGGAGCCCAGCGACCCCGUGGAACUGGUGGUAGCAGAGCUCAGCUACCCCAAACCCUCCAUCUCCCUGCGCCCCAGUGGGGUGGUCGCCCUGGGGGGAACUGUGACCAUCCGGUGUCGGGGUUUGUACCAGAACGUGAGGUUCCUUCUGUACAAAGAUGGGAACCCGAACACGCUGCAGGACGUGGAGCUGGCUGGGGACCUGGCUGAGUUUCCCAUUCGCAACGUGAGCCGGAGACACGCAGGGAGCUACAGCUGCUAUUAUCACGACAAAUGGUACCCGUUCAUCUGGUCGCAUCCCAGCGACCCCGUGGAGCUGGUGGUAGCAGUAGCCCCCUCGGGAUGCCCAGAUUUCAUCCACACCAACAUCACCCACCUGGUGCUGGGCGCCGUGGUCCUGCUCGUCCUGGAGUUGAUCCUGGCUGAGACCUAUUACAGCCACCCGAGGGAGGCACCCUAG